AUGCCCGGCAAUGCGAAGUUUCUCAAAGAUAUUAUAUCAAACAAACACAAGCUGGAGGACAAUGAGACAGUGAUGCUUACAGAGGAAUACAUUUUUUUCGAUAAAGCAUUAUGUGACCUUGGUGCAAGUAUUAAUUUAAUGCCUCUGUCUGUUUUUAGAAAACUCAGCUUAGAAGACGCUAAAGCGACUACUGUGACACUUCAGCUGGCUGACAGGUCACUAAUACAUCCUAGAGGAAUAAUUGAAGAUGUGCUUAUCAAGAAGUUCAUAUUCCCAGCGCAUUUUCUCAUCUUGGACAUGGAAGAAGACAAGGACGUCCCAUUGAUACUUGGCAGACCAUUUUUGGUAACAGGGAGAGCGGUAAUUGAUGUCCAAAGGGGGCAGUUGAUCUUAAGAUUGGGAGAGGAGCAGAUAUCGUUUAAUGUUUUCAAGGCCAUGAAAUUGCCAGCAAAAUCAUAUAGCUAUUACCAGGUUGACAUCAUUAACAAGGCAGUACAAGAAACGUUCUUACUUCACAGCCCAUCUGAUGCCUAUGAGGCAUGCAUUGCACAAUCCCAAUCAGUCCAGUCUGAUUCUCUUGAAGUUGAAACAUGUGCAAGGUUUUUGGAGACCAACCCGCCAUACACCCGAAAGAGGCACUUCGAGGAACUGGGGAUGGGAAAUGUAAAGCCACUGCCCUCCAUUCAACAGCCGUCAAUUUUAAAACUCAAGCAACUACCGCCACAUCUUUGA